AUGUCAAUGGAUAAGAAGCUUGAAAGUAUUAAUAGUAAAGAAGUUCCAAACAAGGAAGAUUCUAAUGUUGAUAAUCAUUCAGAUGAUAACACUGCUGUAGAUAUUAAUGAUGAAGGGUUUGAUUUAUUCAAAAGAGGUGGUAUGAAUGAUGUUGUUGAUGAAGCUGAAUCUAAAAGAGUUGCCAGAAAACUUGAUUAUCAUUUAUUACCAAUUCUUUUCGUAUUAUAUGGUAUUAAUUAUGUUGAUAAAGCUUCAUUAGGUUGGGCCGCUGUGUUAGGAACUUUCGAAACUGAUGUUCAUGUUGAUGUUGGUGAUCGUUAUUCUUGGGCUUCAGCUAUUUUCUAUUACGGUUAUUUAGGUGCUCAAUAUCCUGCCAGUUAUUGUUUACAAAAAUUCCCUGUUGGUAAAGUUAUUGCUUCAACUACUAUCUUUUGGGGUAUUCUUAUGUUAUGUCACAUGGCUUGUUCAAGUUAUGGUGGUAUUUUAGCUUGUAGAUUCUUAUUGGGGGUUUCUGAAGCCCCAAUUUCUGGUGGUUUCAUUUUAUUCCUUUCCCAAUUUUAUACUAGAAAAGAACAGGUUGGUAGAACCAUGGUUUUCGGUUCAUCUCAAGGUGUUUUCUACGUUAUUUUUGGUUUUAUUUCAUAUGGUCUUGGUCAUGUCACUGAUGCCAAAUUAUCUGAAUGGCAAUUAGUUUUCUUGGUUUUAGGUAUCUGUUCAUUAUUAAUUGGUGCUGCUUGGUUUGCUUUAAUUCCUGAUACUCCAGCUAAAGCUAGAUUCUUAACUGAAGAAGAAAAAAUUAUUGCCGUUAAAAGAGUUUCAAAGAAUAUGAUGGGUAUGUCAACCCAUAACUGGGAUUGGUCUCAAACUUUCGAAUGUUUCAGAGAUCCAAAAACUUUAUUCUUAGCUGGGUUCCUUAUCUUUACUAUGAUUCCAAAUGGUGGUUUAACUAAUUUCGGUAAUCAAGUUCUUGCUGGUAUUGUUCACAACCGUUUAGAAAGUAUUGUUGUUGGUAUUGGUCAAUCAUUCUUCUCAUCAGGUCAAAUGUUAAUCUAUUCCACCUUUUCCUUAAAAUAUAAUAACUUCAGAACUAUUGGUAUGUCAGCUCCUUUAUUAUUAGCCAUUGCUGGUUUAUCUGCUGUUUAUGCUACUGAAGAUCAUGGUGCCAAAUGGGGUAGAGUAUUUGCUUAUUGGAUGAUCAAUUCUUACGCUGUUACCUGGCCUUUUGCUCUUGCAACUUUUGGUUCAAAUUUUGCUGGUCACACCAAAAGAGCUUCAAUGAGUAUGAUUUUAUUAUUAGCUUUCUCCGUUGGUAACAUUAUUGGUCCUUUCUGUUUCCAUUCUUAUGAUGCUCCUAAAUAUACUUCAGCUUUAGCUACUAAUUUAGGUUGUUUCUGUGCUGCUUUCGUCAUUGCUGUAUUAUUAAGAUUCUACUUAAAAUGGGAAAAUAACAGAAGAGAUAAGAAAUACGGUGUUGUUGAAAUGGAUGGUCUUGAUGAAGAUGAAAGAUUAGAAGGUAUUCUUAACGGUAUGAAAGAUCAAACCGAUAUUUCAAACAAACAAUUCCGUUAUGUUUUGUAG